ACACACACACGCCGACACAUACACACGCCGAGACACACACACGCACACGCGCGCUCUCGUUCAAAGCGGAACAGACGCUGCUGCUCUCCUCGGCUCCGGCCUGCCCCCUCCCUGUCCCCUCCCUGUCCCCGUCUCUUCCCCGCUUUGCCCUUCUCGUCUACCCCCAGCCCUGCCCCCAGCCCCUACCGCUUGCCCAGCACUGCCCUCUUGACAUGUCCAUUCAGUCAGAAGUGCGGACGUAACAACAACGACAACCUCGGCGUGUGUGCGCGUUUGGGUAGGGACUUAACCUCCCCACCACCACCACCACGUGUACUCACCACCACCACCACGUGUACUCACCACCACCACCACGUGUACUCACCACCACCACCACGUGUACUCACCACCACCGCGGCCUGCAGCAGCAGCACGGACAGCAGCACGGGCAGCAGCAGAAGCAGCAACAGCACGGACAGCAGCAGCAGCAACACGGACAGCAGCACAAACAGCAGCAGCAGCACAAACAGCAGCAGCAGCACGGACAGCAGCACGGACAGCAGCAGCAGCAGCACGGACAGCAGCGGGCAUAUGAAGCGGACAAGAGGCUGCCCCUGCGGGAGAUAAACAUCGUCGCCUCCGUUGAGAUUCAGCUCUCCUUUCCGGGAGAAACUCCACGGGAGCGCGGCCCCUUACCUGAAACGGCCGCGACCGCCAACAUGGCUGCUUCCGUGGGGCCUCCCACGCCGGGCCUCCUCUGGGGUCAGGGGUCUUCAUUGGUGUAGCCGCAGGGACCGAACGACGGCAGAGGAUCGACAGCUCCUCUCGUCAUCGUCGUCGCAGCGCCCCCUCGUUGGCGUUUAACUCGUCGGGGUCCCUGCUCCAAGUGCCGCCCCCUUUCUGUGCUGGCGAGACCAUCGGUCUGGCGAUGAGCUCGGGCAUCCUCGCGUCCUGCCACGGCGAGCAAGCGGCAAACUUUGCUCACUCCGGAUCGCAGAGCGGAUGACUGAGCGCCGGAGUCGGUGGAGGAAUCCGGGUGGGCGGGCAACCGCGGUGGAUUUAAACUUUUAUGCUACGACAGGAACAAAGAGCGCGGCCUCAAACCUUUGAAGCUUAAAACCAAAAAAAUCUCGCAGAAUUAAAGUCAAGAGUGGCACAACUAAAAUUUCGAUGCAUUCACGACCAGGUCAGAGCCAGACACAGACAGUGCAAUAUGCUUUGGCAAGGGGCCCUGGUUUAGAACAGAAAACAAUUACCGAUAAAAUACAUCUGAGUCCGUCCAGGGGUUGUUGAAAGACACGGAGCGUCGCCUCACAGCAGUUGAGUGUCUCACCGCCUGAACGCUGAAUGUUGCCUUGCAGCAGUUUGGUCCAGAAGGCGACCCUGAUCUCGGCCGCGGAAGACGGCUCUAGCCGGUUGGCAUCGUUGCUCGCGCAGCGGUAGAGUGCGGCUCGCGCCGGUGUCUCAGCAUCUCAGCUCCAGGGCAGCAGCAGUCGUAACGAUCGACGAGCAACCGGCGAAACGUCGCAAUGCAGGACCCUCCUGAAAAAAACCAUAAGACUCAUUGAGCCUUUGCCGGCUUAAUAAAGGAUUUAUAAUUACGUAAUUACUGGCAGUGCCAGUGCUCCUAGUGUAGUGGGAGUACUGUCAGUGAUAGCGCGGUUUGAGGUAGCACUAGCAUCGGCAGUAGUGGUAGCAGUAGCGGCGGUGGCCAUAGCGGUAGCACUGGUAGUAGCGGUGGUAUCAGGAUCGGUGGUAGGAUUGGAAGUGGUAUCGACGGCAGGAGUGUCGGUGGCAUUGGCGGUAGCGGCGUUCUUAUCGGCGGUAGCACUGGUGUUGCCGGCAGCGCUGACGCCGGUCGUGGCCGUGGCGGUGCCGGUGGUGCGCUACGGGAAGCCCCGGAGCGAGCGGGCCAUGGGCCAGAAGGUGGCGGGCGGAGCGAAAGCGACCGAGACCCCGGACCCGGCUCGUCGAGGCCACGGCCACGGCGGCGCCUCGGCUCGCGCGCCCGACCUCUUCUGGCCGGCGCGCCUCGACUCCCUGCUGGAGCUGCCGCCGGCGCCGCCGGAGGUGGCGCUGAGGCACGCGUGGAACCCCGAGGACCGCUCGCUCAACGUGUUCGUCAAGGACGACGACCCCCUGACUUUCCACCGGCACCCCGUCGCGCAGAGCACGGACGCCAUCCGCGGCAAGGUUGGCUACACGCGCGGCCUGCACGUGUGGGAGAUCCGCUGGCCGAGCCGCCAGCGCGGCACGCACGCCGUGGUCGGCGUCGCCACGUCCGACGCGCCGCUCCACUCCGUCGGCUACGCGGCGCUCACCGGCUCCACCGCGGACUCCUGGGGCUGGGACCUGGGCCGCAACAGGCUCCUGCACGACUGCAGGAACCGGGCCGACGGCGGCGGCGGGCGCGCCUACCCGGACACGCCGGCGCCGCUCGGGACGUUCGAGGUGCCGGACCUGUUCCUCGUCGUGCUCGACAUGGACGAGGGCACGCUGAGCUUCGUGGCCAGCGGCCGCUGCCUGGGCGUCGCGUUCCGCGGCCUGCGCGGGAAGAAGCUCUACCCCGUCGUGAGCGCCGUGUGGGGCCACUGCGAGAUCACCAUGCGCUACGUCAACGGCCUGGACCCCGAGCCGCUGCCGCUGGUGGAGCUGUGCCGCCGCGCCGUGCGCCUCGCGCUCGGUCACGAGCGGCUCCACGAAGUGGACGCCCUCCCGCUGCCCGCCGCGCUCAGGAGCUACCUCCUGUACCACUGACGGUGCGGCCGCCGCCGGCCCCGACACCGCCUACGCCGGCAUCGCCAGCAGAGUCGACGUCGCGAGCGGUUUCAAAAACAGCGUCGCCCACUGCCACCGCCACCGCGCUUUGAUCCACGAGCACUGCCACCAGCAGUCACCACCGCCACCUCUGCACUACAAUUACCAGCGGCGUCACCACGACCACGAGUAUCGCCGUCGCAAGUCGGUCGCUGUUAUUUCCAUCUUCUGUAUCAUCGUCACGAUCGUCAUCGGGUCAUUAUCACCGUUAGCAUAAUCCUCAUCAGGAUUGAACACAUCAUCAUCAUCAUCACAGCCAGUCAUGAGCAUUGUUGGUGAUCGUUUUCAUCCCGCGAGUCCCGAUCAUUUCAAUCGGCGCCGGCUCGACGCUUCGCCGGCACCCUCCGCCCGCGGUGCCGGGCGGAGACGAGCGCCGUCGUCGAGGCCGCGUGGACCCGCCGGGCGUGGGGGGGGGGGCGACGAGGCCGUCGCCCCGCGCCGCCUCCCCGCCGUCUCCUCACCGCGGCGGCGGCGGCGUCGACCGUCGAGGAGCGGCGGGAGGGGAGCGCUACUCGUCGAGGGUCUCGACGAGAGCCGCUCGGGAAACCGGCGUGGCACGUCCUGGGGGACCCCCGCGGGAGACGCGGCGCCGGAUCGCGAAGGCUGCGACGAAGCCGGCGGCCGCGGAGGCGCCCGGCGUGACGUCGCGCGCUCGCGAGAACCACGGGGGACGCGAGGAAGGAUGGCGCUGGGAGAGACGUUCAAUCCAGGGUUCGAAUCUGCCUCCACGAUUCUCGCCGCUCUCCGUCGCCACCGCUACCCACGCCGCGGUCGUGACGGUGAACGCAAGUCGCCGUUUGGUUCGCACGAGUUGCCGCGGCCGCUUCGUUCGGAGGUCGGAGCUUCGAACCGGCACCGCCAACGUCCUGGGUUGGAUGCCGAGUUUCAGCUGUCCGUGAUUAGACCGGGUACUGAAAUCAUAGUGCCGAGUCGAUGGAGCCGGCCCCGUUACCGAUCAUCACACAAACAACCCCCAUCACAUUGCUCUUGCAUUUUGCAUGCAAUUCGGCAAAAAAUUCCAGGACUUAUAAUAAAUAAACUUGAGUUUGACUCAUGCCACCGACAUCAUAAAUCAACAUUGCUGUAGCAGGGAUGUGUGGGGAAGAGCAGCACCCCCGGGUGUGGAUUGAAGGAAUUUCGGAAGCAGUUCUGCGGUAUCUCCUUCUGCGGCCAUUCUCGAUCACAGGGCGAUGUGACGGCUCACUGCUCCUCGACGGUUCCCACCGCAUUCUCCACCUCGUGAUUUUGACGCGAAUAGCACAAUUGUAAAAUACAUGGGGGGUCGGGCUUGGGGUGGGGGGGGGGCACAUUAACUUUUUGAACAAAUGAGACUUCACAUCCCUGAAUGGUUUCUGCCACUACGCAACUCAGUGGUAAUGUAGGUCAAGAGACGGAUCGAUUGUCAGGGGAGUCGGAGCCGUGUGUUUGGGACAGACACCAAGGGGGCAGCCUCAACACUGCCUGGAGAGAACGUGACUCACACCUUCAUCCAGCAGUGGAUAGAGAAGAGACCUGCGCUCAAUUAUAAUCACAAUAUCAGCAGCAUUGUUUAGCUGGAAUUACAAUAAGUAUAACACUGCGAUAACAAUUCACUAGGAGUGACACAAUUAUCAGUUGUAAUUGUCCCUGGGUCUGGAUAGAGAAUUGCUCCUUGCACGUGCUUUGACAGUCUUGACACUGUAGGAAAACCCAGAUCGUGAUGAAUGAAAAGAGAACAUCGUAGGAAAUCGAACUACGUUGGCGAGGGUCACAUUUUGGUGGUUGGGGUAACUUGGCAACGUGCCGCGCGUAUCGCCGCUCGCCCACAGAGAGAUGUUCACACAGCAGGCACGAUGAGAUCGAUGGUCGGGGACGAGGAAGGGUGGAUUCUAAUCCCUAGAUUUGGGACGCCACGACCGGCGGCGUUUACCGUCCGGGACAUCAGGCAGGGCCAGUGGAGCGGCCCGCCGGCCCUCCCGACAGCUGGGGAGGCACCCAACUUCUAACCGCUUGCAUUAAAUAAUAAUAAUAAUGUACAGAAUAUACCGCUCGCAGCCACGUGCCUAAGAGAGCAGUGUCGCGACGGUGGUGGCGGCAGUAGACAGGAGGGGGCUGCGCGCUGCAGGAGCGGCUAUUUGGGUUCCCGCUCCCGUAGAUAGAAGGCGUCUGUCGCCUCGUCAGCGGUGGCAGUGGCCGGGUUUUGUAAUUGGGGGGGAAGGUGCCGAUGUGGCAGCUGUGGAUCGGCCGACGGUAAAACGGGAGAGUCGGCGGCACGCCGAGCACGGUCCCCCUGCAUCGCCCGAGCGGAGACGACGCUGCCGUCUCAGCGGCCGAAGCGGUUAGCGAGCCGCCUAUUGAACUCCGAGCACAACGGCAACGGCUUACCCAACGCAGUCGCUAAGCAAGUGCCAGCAGCAGCGUUGUCGCAGUGAGAUGUGGGGAAUAUUGGCGGUGGCUCUGUCAGUUAACAAUUGAAAAGCAAAAUGUAUAAUUAAAAAAGAAUCCAUUAUCGUCAUGCCUAUAGGUUUGGUGACUGAAGCGCGUGAGAUUUCGUCAAAGUAAAGGGCUGGUACCUGCCCCCCUGGAGACCUCACUCCACGGCCGCUCCCCCUUGGGCAAUGAAACGCACGGCGAUCGUGGCGGUGAUCCCGGCCGUCGGCAAUCAUAACGCAGAUGUACGAAAUUAUUUACCAAAUAAUAUAUUUAUAUCCUCGCUGCGAGCUUGGCAUGAAGGACGCAAAGCCACCGGCUCAGUCUGCGACUGGCACUGCCCGAGCAUUUUGUACGAUUUACGAUGGUUUAUUAUGUUUUUAGUUGCUACACAAUUUCUGUACGGAGACCGUUUACUCAGGGGUAGGGGCGGGGUGGUGGGGGAUUUGCCGAUUGCACUCCCAGGAUUUCCUGCUGCGGCCGUAAAUUCACGGAGCCGAUCGGCAGAUAACGCUUGUCGUCUCGAGCCUCGGUCCGACAAAGUGACAAUUUACACGUGCGGCUAGCGAGCUCGUCGCCAGAGCCCGGCGGUGUCAACGCGUUGUGUCAUGGCGCGCUCGAGUGCGGCACGGCCUCGACCUCGUAAACGCGUCUCAAGAUGCCCGACCACGUCUCAAGAUGCCCUACAGGGACGUCACCGCGGAGGCCGUUGGCGAUCGUGUUCUGCAGCUCUCCCGAUGUCUUUUUGAGGUCGUGUCGCACGGCGUUCCGCACGACACCCGAUGUUUCGCUCCGCGCGCCAGGAGCAUCGACUUGAAGCGACACGUCAGACAUCGUGCCGAACGCGCGUUACGACCCAAACGCACGUCCAAGAACCGUGUCCAGCCAUAUUGAGCCAUAUUUUUUUACAUUUCAGGAGAACCGUUAAAAAUAUUUCGACUUACAUCCUCAUUCAGACACGCGUAAUAACUUUGGGCCGUGGUCUGCGCCCUCCUGGACUUGACAAAUUUAUGGAAGCGUAGAGAGGAUGUCAUCUUGGCAGAGAAACAUAAACAACCUUGAAAUCAGCGGAAUGCUAAUAAGAGAAGGGUCCACGUGCUGGCCAUGUGAUUUGAUUUGGGCUCGUGAUUGGAGGUCCUCUUGUUUCCACCAUCCCCAUUCUACCGUCACUCAUUUGAUUGCUGCGUGGUUUAUAGCACCGUCAUCACACCAUGAGCCUAAUUGUAGUGCUCGCCAUAUCACUUGCCUGUAAUUUUCACGGAUCGGAAAUAAUUCUCACAGGCACGAUUCAAUGCAUUUAUCGCGACCGUAAAAAAAAACUGGUCAGACACAAAUCAAUGCAUCGUUCAAAUAUGAUUUUAAAAGUCUUUAAUUAUCAUUAUAAGCAUAAAAUAUUCCUCCCAAGGUAAAAAUGCUGCCACAGUGGUGUGGCGGUAGCACACUGGACGAGCAAUCCAAAGGUCACUGGCGCGACAGUUAAAACAAUGCUGCAAGUUUAUUAACCACGCCUCUGUCCACCCAGCAGUUUUAAAUGGUUAUAUCACAGUCGAUCCACAGGUCACGUGUGGUGGGGUAAAGUGUGGGUACUCCGACCCCCUAGCUACAACCAGCUGGAGCGAGCGGUCUUCUGAAACACGUUCUUAUAGUCCAUGGGCCUAGAGCAGAAAUGCGACACCACCUCAGGUAUUUACUUGAUAACACACUCGAUUAAAUUGGUUACCACAUAGCCCACUAUUCUUGGCUACAAUUAAACCGUAACCGCGAGGCGUUUGCCAUCUCAAGGUGGCACCGAAAAGUAAAACGUGGACCGUAAGCGGCCAGCCGCUCUCCUCAAGAGCCACCGCCGGCGACCGUGGACGAUUUCAGGCCACGGUGGGCAGCAGCGGGGGGGGGGAGCCAUGUCCAAACCUCGGCGGGGUCCGCUCACAACACUGCCGAAGGUCAUUUGGUCAUUUGAGCGCCGAUCCCUUCACACUUCCCACUUGAGCGCCAGCUCUCUCUUCAGAGAGAGGGAGUCGGGUCACGGCACGGUUCGCUGCGCAGUUUUAAGUGAAUGUUGAUUUUGAUGUAAAUGACCUCGAUGCAACGGCACACAUAUGUGUACUCACAAACAGCAGGAGGACUCAACUCCCACUAUGCCUUGCAUGCACGUCACCACCACAUUGCUGCAUGUAAUGCUCUCGGCAUGGUCCUCUACCUCGCUGGAAAGCAGACAAACGUGUAACCAAAUUAUACAAAAUUGUAAAUCCUAUACUCUAAUGGAAAAAAGCAAAUAGGCCAUGCAGGCUUCACAGGUUGUUUUGCUUAUUCUCACGGUGAAUUACAAACUACUAAAAAAAGCCAUAAACAAAGACGCAAUUACAUCAUUCAUGGCAGGCACAACUCGUAUGCUUACGCUGCCAAGAGCAUCCGAGUGUGGUGAACGGACUCGCAAACAGACAUUUUGCCUUAUCUCGACCUCUAUCCCCACUGGGGUUAAACUCUCAAAUCCCACACGCACCUUCAGGAGCUCCGGCGUUAUUCUUUGUGGAUGGCGAGUUCACCGACCGCUGUGCCAACGACGGUGAAGCCUUCAUUGGGCUUGGCGGUUUUAAAACAGGCGACAGGGCCCUAACCACAGCUGUGAGGUCGUGUCCAAACCCGUCGCGUGUGAAUGCCUGCCGGUAGCGUGCAUGGCAAGCGAACGCCGGUUCCAGAUUUACCGCAUGAUGACAUUUUCUUAGGGAGUGGGAACGUUUUUUUUUUUUGCAAAAUUUGUUUUAAAAUGGUUCGAAUUACCGCCAGCCUAUUAUGCAACCCUCCGCCUUCCUGUUUAGUCGUUUCCAUUUCAGAAUCCACCCAAUUCAACAACAAAAAAUCUCCAAAAGAGCACCCAAGGCGUUGGGCUGCUGUCUGCCUGUGCACACAGCCUGUUGUUGUGUUCACCACCACAACUGCCACCACACGCGAGGGUUGCCACCUUUCACCACGAGCAUCCUCUUCUUGAGGUAGCUGCUGGCCCCAGGGAGUCUUCCCGGGGCAUGAAAAGUCCCAGUUUUUGUGAGUUUCCUCAUACACCACUCCAACUCAACACAUUUACACCUAGGUAUCCUUCCAGCAUUGUGAGAUAUCAUUCUUAUUCCCCUCGCAUCUCCUGGAUGUUUGUACCUCAGGUGGCAACUCAACCACAGUACCAACCCUACCCCCAUGCCUACCCAUGUGCACUAGAAAUCCAAUGCUGUACACUUGUAUGCACUAUCAAUACCGAUCUUUGGUUGUACGGCAUGGGGGAGGUGGAGGUGGUGGUUCGCGAAACGUCACACGGAGCAAACCCUGAGGGCACCACACAACACCCGCAAGGAAACGCCAUAAUCGCUACGAGUGCCUUUUUUUAUUCAUGAACUCCUCUCCUUGGCUAGCCCGGCAGCUGCUGCUCCUCUCCCUUCGCAUUCGUUCCUCUUUGACCGCUCGCGAUCGCUACCCCGGGCCCCCGUGUGACCUCCUCCUCUCCCCCACUCCACCCGAGCGUCUGUGGAGCCUUGGCUGGCGCCUUCAGAAGUUCUCUAUUUUUUAUUUUAUUCUGGGGUCGUCUUCAUUUCACGGGCGGCGAAAGCGCCCGCGGCCGUCGUUCGUUUGCGGUUCACAGCCACCGCGAGGCGUCCCUCGUCGCUUCGUUGGGCUCACCGCUCAGAGUCGUUGGGCUCACCGCUCCGAGUCGUUGGGCUCACCGCUCGGUGUCGUUGGGCUCACCGCUCCCUCUCUUUGGGCUUACCACUCCGAGUCGUUGGCCUCACCACUCCGAGCCGUUGGCCUCACCGCUCCCUCUCGUUGGGCUCACCACUCGGUGUCGUUGGGCUCACCGCUCCCUCCCGUUGGGCUUACCACUCGGUGUCGUUGGGCUCACCGCUCCGUGUCGUUGGGCUCACCGCUCCGUGUCGUUGGGCUCACCGCUCCGUGUCGUUGGGCUCACCGCUCCGUGUCGUUGGGCUCACCGCUCCGUGUCGUUGGGCUCACCGCUCGGUGUCGUUGAGCUCACCACUCCGUGGCGUUGGGCUCACCACUCCGAGUCGUUGGGCUCACCACUCCGAGUCGUUGGCCUCACCGCUCCCUCUCGUUGGGCUCACCGCUCCUUGUUCGACUCGCGCAACGUUCCUAACUUCAGCGCAUGCUUACAGUUUCCGUCACGGAUAUUCACCCCGAGGUUGUACUUAUUGUUGUUGUUGUCGUCUCUGGGAGGUGGGGAGGCAGGGGGGGGGGGGGCAAGUUGUUUGUGACGCAAGCGCUGGGAGGUAUUUAUCGGUGAGAUGUGACAGAAGUUCACGUUGUAGCAGGCGAGGCAUUUUGCCCCAGGACUGAUGAACCGGGGUUCACCACCAUUCUCGCCGCAGUUGUCAGCACGGCACGUGCGACGGCAGCCAUCAAAGAGUUCAACCAUCCGUGAUCAUUUUCAUUUCAUUUUCGCGCAUUUCAAUGUCCACGUUUCGAGGCUGUAAAAUUGAACGUCUGGAAUUAAUAGCGGCGGUGUGGAGUUGGUGGUGGGUGGACCCCGAGGAGAUGCAAUGGAGUCGCUAAAUAAAAAUGUGGGGUCCUUUCUACUCCCAGCCUCUGAGGUUGUGCUAUGCGACACUCCCGACGCCACGGAAUGCCUGUCGUGUCUCGGCCGUGACCUCCACACGGGCUCCGCGUGACUGCUUUGCCAUCGACAGUUCAUUCAUUUUGGGGAGGUUUUUCUCGCUCUCUCUCCACAUCGAGUUGUUUUUUUUUCGUGCGCGCCCGUUUGUUUUAGCGACUGUACAAAAUGUCUUAAUAAACUAAAAUCUUUAUGCAACGCUCAU